GUACAGGUUCUCUCAGCGAUUGUGAUCUUGGGAAUGCUAAGUUUAAGAGUUGCAGAAUGCAGUUUACCUAGCAAAAAAUUAGCGUAUCAGGCAAUAAAUUGUCGAAAGCAUACUGCAGUUUUGACUGAUUUUGGAGCAGUUGGUGAUGGAAAAACAUUAAACACAAAGGUUUUUAAUGCUGCAAUUCGUAAUCUAAGCAGAUAUGCAUCGGAUGGUGGGGCACAACUUAUUGUACCACCUGGAAGAUGGUUAACUGGAAGCUUUAAUCUCACCAGCCAUUUCACCCUUUUUAUUGAAAAAGGUGCUGUUAUUCUUGGAACACAGGAUGAGUCACAAUGGCCUCCUCUUCCUGUGUUGCCUUCUUAUGGAAGAGGAAGGGAUGCACCUGGUGGACGGUUAAGCGCUCUAAUUUUCGGUACAAAUCUCACUGAUGUCGUAAUCACAGGUAACAAUGGCACGAUUGAUGGCCAGGGUUCUACUUGGUGGACGAAGUACCGUGCCAAGGAAUACAACGUGACGCGACCAUACAUGAUUGAGCUCAUGUACUCCAAUCAAAUCCAGAUAUCUGAUCUCACUCUACUUGACUCUCCAUCAUGGUUUGUCCAUCCCAUCUACAGCAGUAAUAUAAUAGUCAAAGGGCUCACAAUCAUUGCAUCAAUUUAUUCAGCUAAUACCGAUGGGGUAGACCCAGAUUCAUGCUCAAACGUUCGUAUCGAGGACUGCUACAUAGUCUCAGGUGAUGACUGCAUUGCCGUGAAAAGUGGUUGGGAUCAAUAUGGAUACAAAGUUGGAAUUCCUACACAGCACCUAAUCAUUAGAAGGGUUACCUGCAUUUCUCCUUUCAGUGCUCUUAUUGCUCUAGGCAGCGAAAUGUCUGGUGGAAUCCAAGAUGUUAGAGCUGAAGACAUCACAGCCAUUGAUACCGAAUCAGCUGUCAGAGUUAAGACUGCUCUUGGAAGAGGAGGUUAUGUCAAGGACAUCUAUGUAAGAAGAAUGACCUUGAAGAACAUGAAGUAUGCUUUCUGGAUGGCAGGCAAUUAUAAUCAACAUCCAGACGAUAACUUCGACCUGAAAGCAAUUCCAGAGAUUAAUGGAAUUAAUUAUCGAGAUGUGGUGGCGACGAACGUUACUUUUGCAGGAAGACUUGACGGAAUUACGGGUGAUCCCUUCACUGGAAUAUGCAUUUCUAAUGUGACCAUGACUAUGAAUCUGAAGGAAGAUAAACUACCAUGGAAUUGUACUGAUAUUGCUGGAGUGACAAGCAAAGUGACUCCUAAGCCAUGUGCUUCGUUGCCUGAGAAGCGAGGUGUGAAUUGUGCCUUCCCCACUGAUAGGCUGCCCAUUGAAGAUGUUCAGUUGAAGACUUGUUCUUCCGCGUAAUAGCUUCCUAACAAGUUAUUCUUUUUGAGGAAAAGCUUCCUAAUAAGUUACAACACCAUAUAUGUACUUUGUACAUGCACAUUGACCACACGAAUAAUCACAAAAUCUAUUCCAUUUUGAAA